CUUGUAAAUAGCAGUGAGAGCUGUAAGGCCCUGGCUCGGCUGCCUCGCCCUGGGCUGCAGACCCCCAGUUUGUUGUGGGUUUCCUGCCUUUUCACUCACCGCCCCCUGGCCUCUGCCCAGGCCCACCCUGCAUAUGCCCUGCCUGGCAGCCCCUCCAUGGGGCAUGGCCAUGGCCUCUCCCCUGUGAAAGCCCCGCUCCCACGUGGCAGCGGCCCAGGCUCUCUGCCUCAGUUUCCCUAUCCCACGCAGCUGCCUCCUCGGGCCUUGGACCCCUCCAGGGGCUUCCUCUCUGCCUUCCUCUUCUGUGUCCCAGUGGAUGCUGAGGGCUGUGGGGGCACCUCCAGGCAUGUCGCCUUCCCUGAUGUAGCCAGGUCACCGCGUGCUCGGGGAGGGGCCACCUCUGAGCUGGGCAGGGGUUGGUGUGGAUGUGGCCCCCUCAGCAGGCACAACCCUGGCUGUCCUGUGGUACCCUGACCACACACCUGUCCCUCUGGGGAUGGGCCCAGACCCCCUCACCCUUCCGUUCAUCCACCACCUCCUCUGAGGUCAUCUGUGGGCCCCAGCCCUGCACCUGUGUGGGAUGAGGCCGUUACCUCCCCUGGAGAGACCGCCCUCAGGGCCGGGGAGUGCAUGGGACCCUGGCUUCGCCUCAGCACAGAGCUGACUCUCCCUGCACAGGCACCCACGGGCUUCUACAGCCUUUUCUCCACCUAAGCAGAGUGGGAUGUCUUCAAAGUGCAACACCCCAGCUAGCAGGGUCCCCGGAACAGCCUCAGCGCCCCCCGGAACAGCCUCGGCGUGCCCGGAACAGACAUGGCACUCCCUGGAACAGCCUCGGCGUCUCCUGGAACAGACAUGGCACUCCCUGGAACGGACAUGGCGCUCCCCGGAACAGCCUUGGCGCCCCCUGGAACAGACAUGGCACUCCCCGGAACAGCCUCAGCGCCCCCUGGAACGGACAUGGCACUCCCUGGAACAGCCUCGGCGUCUCCUGGAACAGACAUGGCGCUCCCCGGAACAGCCUCGGCGCCUCCUGGAACAGACAUGGCACUCCCCGGAACAGCCUCAGCGCCCCCUGGAACGGACAUGGCACUCCCUGGAACAGCCUCGGCGUCUCCUGGAGCAGACAUGGUGCUCCCCGGAACAGCCUCGGCGCCUCCUGGAACAGACAUGGCACUCCCUGGAACAGACAUGGCACUCCCUGGAACGGACAUGGCGCUCCCCGGAACAGCCUCAGCGCCCCCUGGAACGGACAUGGCACUCCCUGGAACAGCCUCGGCGUCUCCUGGAACAGACAUGGCACUCCCCGGAACAGCCUCGGCGCCCCCCGGAACAGCCUCGGCGACCCCUGGAACAGACAUGGCACUCCCCGGAACAGCCUCGGCGCCCCCGGAACAGACAUGGCACUCCCCAGAACAGCCUCGGCACCCCCUGGAACAGACAUGGCACUCCCCAGAACAGCCUCGGUGCCCCCUGGAACAGACAUGGCACUCCCCGGAACAGCCUUGGCACCUCCUGGAACAGCCUUGGCGCCCCCCGGAACAGACAUGGCACUCCCCUGAACAGACAUGGCACUCCCCGGAACAGACAUGGCACUCCCUGGAACAGACAUGGCACUCCCCGGAACAGCCUCGGCACCCCCGGAACGGACGUGGCACUCCCCAGAACAGCCUCGACACCCCCUGGAACAGACAUGCCACUCCCUGGAACAGCCUCGGCGCCCCCUGGAACAGACAUGGUGCUCCCUGGAACAGACAUGGCGCUCCCUGGAACAGACAUGGCGCUCCCCGGAACAGACAUGCCACUCCCUGGAACAGCCUUGGCUCCCCUGGAACAGCCUCGGCGUGCCCAGAACAGACAUGGCACUCCCCGGAACAGCCUCGGCACCCCCCAGAACAGCCUCGGCACCCCCUGGAACAGCCUCGGCACCCCCUGGAACGGACAUGGCGCCCCCCGGAACAGCCUCAGCGCCCCCGGAACAGACAUGGCACUCCCUGGAACAGCCUCGAUGCCCCCUGGAACAGCCUUGGCGCCCCCCGGAACAGCCUUGGCGCCCCCAGAACAGACAUGGCCUCCCCUGGAACAGCCUGGUGCUCCCUGGAACAGACACGGUCCCCCCAGAACAGACACAGAGCCCCCGGAACAGCCUCGGCGCCCUCUGGAGCAGACAAGGCCCCCCCUGGAACAGCCUGGUGCUCCCUGGGACAGACACAGUGCCCUCUGGAACAGUCUGGCGCCUCCUGGAAUGGCCACAUCCCCCCAUCCUUCCUGUGCCGCGUUAGGCAUCUGCCCUUACGUGGUUAGUGUCCAGCUCUGUCAACAAGGCCAGCCCCACAAGAGGCCCCAGCUCAACCCUCCCAGUGGGCUCCCCUACUCAGGCUCUGGGUCAGCUUCUUCCCGGGAGGUGUGCUGGCCCCUGUGCUGGCCCCGCCUCGCUGCCUGGACACCUGUCCGUGCCACCCUGGUCACCGAGCAGGACAUCCGUGUCUGUAGCCCCUGGGACGCUGCCCCUGACAGCCAGGCCUGGGUUUGUCCUUUUAGGUAGAGUGCCUGGUCCAGGUCAUGGGGGGAGAGUCCACGUGGCCACCUCUGGCCUGUUCUAGAGAGGCCCUCCCGCACCGGGUCAGGAGACAUCGUCAGGGGACAGGAGAAGGGGGCUGAGCUCUCUCCCUCCCCCGAGGCCAGGAAACAUUCUCCAUCCAAACGUCCACUGCGCUCACAGAUUCCUUUCCUCCUAAAACUUCAGCCUUGGCCAGGUGCGGUGGCUCACGCCUGUAAUCCCAGUACUGUGGGAGGUCGAGGCGGGAGUAUCACGAGGUCAGAAGAUCGAGACCAUCCUGGCCAACAUGGUGAAACUCCAUCUCUACUAAAAAUACAAAAAUUAGCUGGACAUGGUGGCGGGCGCCUGUAGUCCCAGCUACUCGGGAGGCUGAGGCAGGAGAACUGCUUGAACCCAGGAGGCGGAGGUUCCAGUGAGCCGAGGUCGUGUCAUUGCACUCUAGCCUGGGGGACAGAGCGAGACUCCAUCUCAAGAAAAAUAAAAACCUUCAGCUUUUGCACGAUCAGGCGCAGUUGAGGUCAGAAAGGCCACGUUGCCCACGUCCACCUGGUUCGGAGUUUCCAGGCGGCGCUUGAGCCUUCCUUGGGAAAUUCAGAGUUCCACAGACGGCAGUGAACUGCGGCUCGGCACCAGGGCCCGCGGGCGGUGGGGUGGGGCAGGGAGGCCGGCCCUCUGGCAGAUGCAGCAGCUCCAGGAAGCCUGCCGGUCUGGGUCCCCUUUCCGUCCACAUCCGCCGCUCCUCCCGGUCUUGCUGGGCUCCAGACAAUGGGAGCCUCCAAGGCUGAGGCUGCCCUGGCUUCCCGGAGGAGGCCCCUGCCCUACAGCUUGGGCCUGCUGAGGUGCCUGGGGCUGGGGACAUGGCCAGCCUCACAUCCAGCGUCCACACUCCAGACGGGCUCCUCAGCACCCACCCAGCGUGGACACGGCAGGGAACAGGGCGGGGCCCGCAGGAGAGGCCACUUUGCCUACGAAGCACCAUGAUGAGCACAUGCCGCUCUCGUAAUGCACAGUGAAUGCGCAGGUUCCUGGAGACGCCUCCCUCUCAGCGGCCUCACUGGUGGGCUGUGGCUGUGGGUGGACGUGGGGACACUUGAGGAAGGGCAGCAGCCAAGGCCCUGCUGGGAGCAGGGAAAGGAGAAGCUGCCGAGGCCGCCCUGCCCCUCUCCAUGCCGAGCAGGCCACCUCCACCCCACCAUGGGUGCCCCAGAGGUGUGGGCACCAGAUCCGCCUCCAGGACCCUGGGGACGGGCUUGUCCCAGUCCCACGACGAGGUCACAGGCACUUUUUGGCAGCCUCUGGGCCACCCUCACUGUGUCCUCGCCCCCUGCCCUCAGCGUCCACUGGCCUUGACCUGGCCAGGAGGCCCCCGGGGCCUUUCUCUCCUCGGCUCCACUGAAGGAGGCUGAGCUGGCCUGGCCCGGCGCCUGCCCAGGCCCAGCUGGCAGUGGGGGUGGCGCUUUCUCUGCCUCCAAGGCUGCGGAGCCAAACCUCAGGCUGUGACAUGAGGGUGACGUGAGGGAGACAGGAGGGAAGUCACAGCUGGCCUCAUAAAACCGUGAAAACGCCCUCCCACACCUGCCAGCAGAGAGGGCUCAUCUUCCUCACUGUGUGACCGGGCCACGCUACCUAACCUCUCUGUUUUCUCAUCUGAAUGAUGAUUCUGACACCAAUACUGGGCCUCAUUUCUGUGUGAAUAUUGAAGGAGUUAAUUUAUGUAAAACCACCCAGAACAUACUGUUAUCUUUUUAGUUAUUUAUUUGUGUAAUUUUUAUUUAUUUAUUUAUUUUUUUUUUG